UUACGAACCCUGAAACACUCAAACACAUACACAGGCACACAGCUGUUGGACGCCUAUAMGCGCGCGCGCCAACAAGAUAUGACUGCGGUUAGCGGUAACGACUAACGACAAUAAAUUACAAGUUUUAUAAGUUACAACAGUAGUAGACACUAGACAGUAGUAGUUGGUAGUUAAUACUGUGAAUAGUCUCAGACGUCUCAGUGAAUAACUACCGUCUACCAACGAACCAGUGGCGACCUGUGCGACUGAACACCGGAUUGACGGAGCACCGAGUUUCGAUUCGUAAAACUACUACGAUCGAUUUCGCACUUUUGCAGUCAAUACCACUCGUUACUUUCGGCCCGCUGUUAGUCGUUUACUUUUGCACUAUAGUCGACGUGUGCGUUUCGUCAGUCUCAAUUGUUAGCCUAUCAUGUCCGAAUCUGAAGGCAAUUCUUUCAACGAGAACGAAGACGACCAAGUGGUCGGGCUGGUCGAGUACAUCAACGAUCAGAAUGCUGAGAUCGAACGAGCCAAUUUGAUACUCGAGGCGUCUGAAAGUGACAGUUGCACUUAUUCCUUGGGGUACAUGAAUCGACAAGCAUUGUACGCUUGUUUGACUUGCACUGAAAAAGACAAGUUGCCUGGUGCUAUAUGUUUGCCCUGUAUGUACCAAUGCCAUGAAGACCACGAGUUGAUUGAGUUAUGGACAAAAAGGAAUUAUCGUUGUGAUUGUGGAAGUGAUAAGUUAACAUCAGAGUGUCGAUUGGAACCGUCAAAACCCGAAGCAAAUGACCGCAAUGUGUACAACCAAAAUUUUAAGGGAUUAUACUGCAUUUGUCAACGUCCGUACCCUGAUUCUGAAAAUACUGAUGAAAUGGUACAAUGCAUAGUUUGUGAAGAUUGGUAUCAUAGCAAGCAUUUGGGUACAAAAGAUAUGAAUCCAGAUGAUUAUUCUGAAAUGAUAUGUUCUGGCUGUACAUCAAAAUUAAGUUUCUUACCAGCUUACAAUCAUUUAAUUGUGACUGAUGAUUCAGUACAGAAGAUUGAAAAAGGUGAUGAAUCUGAGGAUGUCGAUGUUGUGGAUACAAUUACGAAAUCUCAAGAUGAUGCUGAAAAUGAUUCAAAUGUUGUAUCCAAAGACAUGACAUCUGAAAACGCUAAAGCUAGUACUUCUAGUGGCAAAAAUUGUAAAUUGAUAAAUGCGAAAAACCCAAAAAAAAUUAUUGGAAGUUCUUUUUGGGUAGAAGGUUGGCGUCAAGAACUUUGUACAUGCUCUACUUGUAUUGAAUUAUAUAAAACAGAAGGUGUUCCAUUUAUUAUUGAUCAACAAGAUACACUACAGGCAUAUGAAAACAAAAGCCGUGAAAGAAUGGUGGCUAAGGAAAAACAAAGUGAAGAUGGUCUCUCCAAAGCCUUGUCAUCUAUGGACAGAGUGGCAGCAGUGGAAUUAGCUCAUCAGUAUAACCAGUUCAAAGAAGAACUAGGGGAGUGGCUAGGUAGCUUCAAAGGUGAUAAAGUUGUUAGAGUGGAAGACGUGCAAGAGUUUUUUUCUGGGAUGCAAGCAAGAAAGCGUGCUAGGAUGGAUGAUGGAAUUCCUCCAAGUUUCUGUCGUUAAUUUAUUCAAACAACAUUUAUUAUCAUAGAUUGAAACACUUAUCAAUAAGAUAAUAUAUUAAGGAUUUCCUAGUAUUGUAAUUUUAAAAAUUUAAUUUAAUUCAUUUAUAUUCUCUACUCGUAUAUUAAUAAAAUAUAUUAUGUCAUAAUUCACAAUAUAUUGCUAAUGGUCAUGGACUCAUGUUAUCAUUUAUAAAAAACUUUUCAAUUUAAAUAUAGACAAUACCUUUA